AAUCUGUUGAUAUAGCAUACCGGCGCGCGUGAUGACUGUAUAAGGUUCGUUUGACUGUUGCCUGCAGCUGCCACAGCGAAGAUGGCAGACGCUCUGAGCAAAGUGCCCGAUGUCGACAUUGAUCCGGAGGGAAAGUUUAAAUACAUAUUAGUGAACAUAAAGGUUAAAGGUGGAACGGAACAAAAAGUGAUAGUGAGGGGAACUAAAACUGCAGAGUACCACAAUCACAUAUUUGAAAAAGUGAAUCCUGCUAUGGAGGCUUUGGGACUGGAGUGUAGUUGUCUUGGUGGUGGCAAGAUUGAGCACAACAACACAGAAAAGAAACUUCGGGUGUUUGGAGAGUCUACGGGAUAUGGGAAGGCUGACCAUGCUCUCACAGUGGAAAAGCUCAAAUCUGUCUUCAAAGACUAUGAAAUCACUAUGGAAUAAAAGUCUAAAUUGAUCACUCUAAAUUCAUGGGCAUGAACAUUUUGUGAAAGUAUACAAUUUGAUAACACUUCAGCUAUACCUCAUUUUCAUUUGGAUAAAAUUAAAUAAAUGUUCACUCACUGGUCUGUCAGCAGUGUCAAAGUUGAGGUUAGAUUACUGACCUUGAUAGCGAGGUCUAACCUGCACAGGAACUCUGCAUGUGUUUUGCAGAGUGAUAAACAUAUCCAGUCUCCUGUCUCCAUCACGGAAUGUGUCUGUGUAGAGAUCAGGGACAGAUAAAAGAGUGUCUGUAUGAUUCAUCAUAUGUCUAAUUUGCUACUGGAAUUCAUUGAGAUAUUUGGCAUUGAGAUACAAGCAUUCAGUGUAUGGAUUCAUAUUUGGUGAGAAAACAUUUUACUGACUCAAUCGCUCUGUUUUCAUCAUUACAAUUAAAUUGUAAAGACCCAUUAUUGUGUGAAGUCUUACAUUUAUAUAGUUAU